AUGAGCCGAAAAGGAUAUUUUGAAGGUGUUUUACCAAACGAAUGUAAACAUCAAACCAAUAUUGAUAACUAUAUGGUUCAAAAACAGCUGGUACAGUACGAUAAUUUGGACGUUAUAAGAGAAAAAUUCUACGCUUUUCAAGAACCGAAUUCGAACAUUUCUGAGCCAAAAGUUUGCCUAUGGGAGUUCAUGAAGAGAGAUGAAUUAGAAUAUUUUCUAAAAAUGAACAAGAAUGAGCAAAUCAAUGCAAUAGAUUCCAAAAUGAACAAGGAUGUUCCUAAAGGGAAGGCAAGAACAGUUUUUAUAGAACUAAUGUACAAUACGAUGAAAUUUUGUGAAUCCCAUGGAUUCAAUUUAGAAAAAUCUGCUGUUAUAUUAUCCCAAUUUUACUUGACCCAUAUAUAUUUUACCAGUACCUUAGAUACAUCAGCAGAAAAAGUGUUUACUUACUUCAAAGAACUGACUUUGUGUCACAGUCUUCCAUUUCCUCCACACAGUUCACGAUUUCUUUCUCACAAAGAAACAAAUAUAGUAUUGGAAUUGUUCUGCAAGCUGUACCUGAGGAACUUGCCCCUAAUAAGAUUCCUCUCACUGCCAAACUUUGCUCUUUUCUUACAUUACGAUCUUGAGCCAGAUAUAGUUGCCAAAAAUGAAUCUGUCAAGACUACCAAGGAUACAAAGGACAAAAAGAAUAAGCUGAAGAAAGAAAAAAGCAAGAGUAAGAAAGGGAAAAAAUAG